UCUUCUUCAAGUCUAUCUCUCUCUCUCUGGGUUCCUUGCAUUCAUCAUUCUUUCCCAGGAAACGAAAACCUCAUCAAUGGCGGAGUGGUCCCAACUCCCGAAAGACCUCCUAGACCUAAUCGCCAAACACCUCAACACCUCAACCGACCUCCUCCGAUUCCGAUCGGUCUGCUCCACGUGGCGAUCCUCCGUGGUCCCUAAUCCCCACACCUCACCCCCUUCCCGUUUCCCAAUCCUCCCCAACAACGGCAUCUCCGAUACCUCCUGGGGUUUCUACCUCUCCAAGCGAACCAUCUUCCGCCUCGGAUUACCCCAACAACCCUGCUGCAUCCAAACACCCCCUAUUCCUCACUCCUCCUCCUCCAAUGAUAAUGAUGGCUGGCUAAUCAAGAUUGAACAAGAUCACGUCACCCACCUCCUGAACCCUCUCUCCAGAUCCCACACCAAGGCCUUGCCCGACUCUUUCCCCAAAAGGCUCGAUCUGUUGAACUACAGGGUUUCUGAAUUAGGGCACGAGUACAUUCUUCAGUACAUCAAUUAUCGCCCCUUUGCGAAUUCGAUCAGCGAUGCGGGGAAUCUAUACAUGGAAAAGGUUGCAUUGUGUUCGAGGGCGUGCUGGGGAUCUGGGAUUGACAGCUAUGUGCUAUUGACUAUUCAUGUAUCUGGGAAACUGGCCAUUUUCAAGUUUGGGGAGAGGAAAUGGACUAUAAUUGAUGAUUUGCCUUCCCCUUACGAUGAUGUGAUACUGUUUGAACAGAAUUUCUAUGCGGUUGAUAAUACUGGCAGGACAGUAAUUGUCAAUGUCGAUGAAUCAUCUCCGGUUGUGAAUUUGGUCGCACAUUCUGUUUUCGGUGGAGAUAAGAAGGCUUUGGUGGAAUCAAGUGGCGAACUAUUGCUAGUUGAUACAUAUCUAAGCGUUGGGCCUGAGGAUGAUUUGGGUUUCGACGAGGGGUUCGAGUUUUAUGAGGAAUUCGAUUGUUAUAUGAGUGAGAGGACGGUGCGGUUUAAGGUUUUUAGGUUGGAUCAAAGUGAACAGAAAUGGGUUGAGGUGGAUAGUUUGGGGGAGAGAAUCUUGUUUUUGGGUGAUAAUUGCACGUUUUCGGCAUCUGCUUGUGAUUUUUCUGGAUGUAAAGGGAACUGCAUAAUAUUUACGGACCAUUACUUCUAUUCAAACAGGGAAGAAGAUGGUGCAAUGAAGGGUCGUGGUGUAGGUGUAUUUGAUUUAGAGAGUGCUAUUAUUGGGUCUUUGGCUAAUUAUCCGGAUUACUCCAAGAUGUUUUGGCCCCCACCUACUUGGGUUUCUUCAACAAUGUUGGAAGUUGGGUUGAAUCAGCUCGGUAUCUGACUUUCUUAUCUCCCAUUUGGGUAAGGGAAAUACAGUAGUUAAUUGCGAGAUGGACGUCGUCAAGCACACAAUAUCUGCAUCAGCUUUGUCUAGGUUCUGGUGCUUAUGUAAAGGAAAGUCCAUGGAGAUGGAGUCUCUACUCCCUUGAUUUUUUCUGUCAAAAUAAUAAAACAUCUCAAGUAAAGUGUCCUAUUAUUCUUAUUGUAAGGAUAACAAUCUAUUUAUUUCGUGUAAAAAAUCAGCUCCAUUUUUUUUUUUAA